GCACGCUGGAAGUGUAACUCAGAGACCCAACGUGGAUGGUGAAAGAUAUAAAAUCUAAUGAAUGCGUUACAUUCAGACAGAGCCUCAGUGUCUCAUGUUUUAUUUCUGGAUUGAAUAAGUGGACCUCUGAACGCCGCUAGAAGAUGGGGAAGGUACCUAAGAAGAGGAGCCUUGCUGACAAGGUUCGAAAGACCAAGACCUCCAUUGAGAUCAAAAACAACCCGUUUGAAGUGAAAAUUAACAGGAAGAAAUUUGAAGUUCUGGGGAGAAAAACCAAGCACGAUGUGGGUCUUCCUGGUGUGUCUCGAUCCAAAGCCAAUACUAAGAGGAAAGAGACCCUCCUGAAGGAAUACAAACUGAAGAACAAGUCCAGCAAAUUCAUUGACAAGCGACUUGGAGAGUAUGACAACAAGAUUGCACCAGAAGACAAAAUCCUGCAGAGGUUUGCGAUGGAAAGACAGCGUGUCCAUGACAAGAAGGAUAUGUACAACCUGAACGAGGAAGAAGAGUUGACUCAUUAUGGUCAGUCACUGGCUGAAAUGGAGAAAUUCAAUGACAUGGUGAACAGCGAUGAUGAAACAGAAGAGAAAGGACUUCUGUCAGCUGAGCUGACAGCGGCUCACUUCGGAGGGGGGGGUCUCCUUCGAAAGAAAACAUCAGGGGAUCAGCAUGAAGAGGAGGGAGGCCAUAGGUCAAAAUCCCGGCAGGAACUCAUUGAAGAUCUCAUCCAAAAGUCCAAGCAGGAGAAGCGCGAGCGGCAGGUGCAGCGAGAGGAGGCACAGGAGCUCACAGAGAAGCUGGAUCUGGACUGGAAGAACAUCCAUUCUCUGAUGGUGAAAAAUACCCCCAAAGCAGAACAAGCUGACAAACCAGAGGAGAUGCCCAAGCUGGACCCGUACGACAUGAUGGUCAGAGAGCUCGGCUUCGAGAUGAAGGCUAUGCCCUCAGAGAAACUGAAAACUCCAGAGGAGAUCGCCAGGGAGGCGAGGGACAAGCUGCAGAAACUAGAGGCUGACCGUCUGAGGAGGAUGAUGGGAGAAGAAGCUGGGGACAGUGUGCAGAGACAGAGCCACUUGUCUGCUGAUGACCUCAACGACGGCUUCAUCCUGGAUAAAGACGACAAGAAGACACUGGCUUAUCAGGAUGGAAAAUGGAACAUUGGAGAGCAGUCUGGGGAAAAUGAGGAGGAAGAUGAAGAAGAGGGAGUGAGCGCUGAGGUGGAUGAAUCAGAGGAAGAGGAGCAAGAGGAUGAUGGAGAUGGAGAUGGAGAUGGAGAUGAAGAUGAAGAUGAAGAUGAAGAUGAAGAUGAAGAUGAAGCCAAGGAGGGAGAGGUGGAGGACGGCAGCAGCGAAGAAGAAGAUGGCCACUCGGACCUGGACUCUGAGCAAGAAAGCGAGGAUGUGGGGAGAGAACAGGAUGAUGAAGAGACCGGUGCCGAACCGAAGAAGAGUCUGAGCGAAGAGGAGAUGAAGGGCCAGCAGGAGGCAGCUAAAGCAGAGCUGCCAUACACAUUUACCGCUCCAGAGAGCUACAGUGAUCUGAAGGAUUUGCUCCAAGGACACACCCCUGACAACCAGCGCCUCAUUGUGGCCAGGACUCAGAAGUGCAACCACCCUAGCUUGGCUGUAGGCAACAAGCUCAAGCUGCAGAAACUGGUCGGCUUUCUGCUGGAGCACAUCGGAGAACUGGCAUCUCUGAGUCCACCUGAACUCACCACCGUAGAUAAGCUCAUACCAGAGUUGUACGGUCUGUGUCAGAUGUUCCCGGACGCUGCCUGUAAGGCGAUGCAGAGAGUCCUCGGAGAUGCUGCUCACAGCAUGGAGGAGGUGCUGGAGGUCAAAGGGCAUAUUGCCUUCCCAGACCUAGACAUGCUGAUCUACCUGAAGGUGACGGCCCUCCUGUUCCCUACCUCGGACUUCAGGCACCCAGUUACGACUCCAGCUCUGCUUUACAUUAGCCAGGCUCUCACCAAGUGUCCAGUCAGAUCGUUACAGGACGUGACGUCAGGUUUGGUGCUGUGCUGUCUGGCAGUGGAGUACGUCUCUUUCUCAAAGCGCUUCCUCCCUGAGCUCAUCAACUUCCUGGCUGGAACACUUUACCUGGCAGUGCAGGACAAGACCUCUCUAGGUUACACAAUGGUGCCGCCUUUUAGAACAUCGGGGAAGAACAGCGAUCUGCUGGUGUUGUCAGACUCUGAGUCCUGCAAGAACUGGAACAAGAAGAGCCUGCCGCUGUCUGCCGCCCAACACCUGGAGCUCACAACUGACCAGGACAGAGACCAACACAGGUUGAUGUGUUUGUCAACCUGCCUGGACUUGGUGAAGCGCUGCUGCCUCCUCUACAAAGACCUCGCAUCAUUUCCUAACAUCUUCCAGCCAAUCCGAACGCUGCUUUCCAAACACCUCUCAACUACAACGUUACCAGAACCUCUACAGGAGCUUCACAGUACGAUCCUGGAGGCCGUCAGCAGUGCCCCUGUGACCAACAGUCGACUGGUGUUUGACAAGAAGAAACCGAUUCCUCUGAAGCUGCUCACGCCCAAGCUUGUUGAAGUGCUGGACUAUGGAAAGAAACGUGGCGGCACCAAAGAGGAGCGAGAGAAGGAGCGAAUGAUACACAAAUACAAGAAGGAGUUUAAAGGAGCUUUGAGGGAGAUCAGGAAGGACUCGCGUUUCCUGGCCAAAGAGAAGCUCAACGAAGUCAUGACCAGAGACGCAGAGAGAAAGAGGAAGGUGAGGGAACUCUUUGGCAGCUUGGCCACUCAGGAGGGAGAGUGGAAGGCCCUGAAGAGGAGGAAGAAGAAGUAAAGUGUAGAAGUUCAGUCUCCACUGUCAGUUCCUGUUCAUAUGGACACCUCCUGUUCAUAAUAACCUGUGUGCAGGGUUUGAGUUUCAGGAACUCUGAACUGCUUAGAUCCAUUUUUUUUUUUUUUUUAUCAUAAGGACAAAUUCACCUGAUUAUCACACACAUUUUAGACUGUUUGAGAAAUCAGGAUUGCUCACAGAGUUGUGAAGAAGACAUUUCAUGUGACGUUGGAUGUUGUUGGAAGUAUCACUCAACAAAACUGCAGUUAUUUUGUUUCUAUUCUCUUUAUUUGCACGAGAAUCCAUCGCUAGAAUUUGCUACACCGGAACAAUAAAACCAAAUGUAUCUUUAA